UAUCGUUAAUCACACUAAACAGACAACAAUUAUAAAUUAGAUUGCUUUAGAGUUUCUGAUUUACAAUGGCUAUCAAGUCUUUUGUAUUAACCAUUGCCAUAUUGGCUGUGGUGACUUCAAUUAGCCAUGCAUCUGAUCCUAGUCCUUUACAAGAUUUUUGUGUUGCUGUUAACGACUCCAUGACUACUGUUUUCGUGAAUGGAAAAGUAUGCAAAGAUCCAAAGGUUGUCACUGCUGAUGACUUCUUCAAAUCAGGCUUAAAUGUACCUGGAAAUACUUCGAAUCCAGUUGGAUCUGCUGUAACAGCUGUGAACGUCAACAACUUACCUGGACUGAACACUUUUGGCAUUUCAUUAGUUCGUAUUGAUUAUGCACCAUAUGGUCUCAACCCACCACACACGCACCCCAGAGGAACCGAGGUGCUUACGGUCCAUGAGGGCACACUUUAUGUUGGUUUUGUCCUUUCAAAUCCUGGUCCAAAUAUGAAGAACAAGCUCUUUACCAAGAUUCUACACCCCGGAGAUGUGUUUGUUUUUCCAAUAGGACUCAUUCAUUUUCAAUUUAAUGUGGGAAAGACUAACGCAGUUGCAUUUGCUGGACUCAGUAGUCAAAAUCCAGGAGUUAUCACUAUUGCAAAUGCAGUAUUUGGCUCAGACCCACCAAUCAAUAACGAUGUCCUGGCCAAAGCAUUCCAAGUUGAUAAGAAAGUUGUGGAUUAUCUCCAAUCUCAGUUUUGGUGGGACAACAACUAAUUUAAUGUAAACCAAACUACAUUGAUCUGUAUUAGAUGUACUAAUACAGAUUGUGCUUGGUUUUUAUUUUAAAAUAGUGAAUAAAAUUCAAAAUCCAGUCAUGUUGACUGGUUUUCCUUGAUCU